AUGGCUGAGGUAAGCGCCGCGCUUGGUGGGAUAGAAGGGCUCUACCGCGGUCUGGCCACUGAAAUAUGGAUCAUACGGAUAUAUUCUGGCUGCCUUUGUGAGUUGAGACCAGUUGGACAUCCAACUGCUUUCUCAAUGGCAUCAGACUUGGAUCUCUCAGCUACGUUCAUCCCGUCGCUGUAUAAGCCUGCAGCGCUGCUACCAAUUGCACGCCACCGGCAAUCCCUUCUGUACCUGAUAGAAACCUAUCCUGUGACUAUUGUUGUGGGUCAAACGGGUAGCGGCAAGACUACCCAGUUGCCCCAAUUUCUCGACCAGGCAGGAUGGUGUUCUGAUGGGAAGAUCAUUGCUGUCACUCAGCCUCGGCGGGUGGCUGCGACCACAGUCGCAACGAGGGUAGCAGAGGAGAUGCGGUGUAAAGUGGGGGAAGAUGUAGGCUAUUCGAUACGUUUUGAGGAUGUGACUUCCUCAUUAACACGAAUCAAGUUCCUGACCGACGGUUUGUUGCUACGAGAAGCUUUGGUUGACCCUUUGCUCUCCCGGUAUUCUGUUAUUAUGGUCGACGAGGCCCAUGAACGUUCCAUAAGCACCGAUAUCUUGCUCGGUGUGCUCAAGAAAAUUAGAAAACGGCGACCUGAAUUACGUAUCGUGAUUAGCAGUGCUACGUUACAGGCAGAAGAAUUUUUGCGUUUUUUUGCUGGGGAUGAAUUCAACCCUGAAAGCGAGGAUAAGCUGGGUGGCUCUAUCGGCAGAAUUAUCACCUUAGAAGGGAGGAUGUAUCCUGUGGACUGCUUAUUUCUUGAGACACCAGCCGAAGAUUAUGUGGAAAGAACGAUCAAAACUGUAUUUGAUAUCCAUACCAGUGAACCCGACGGGGACAUAUUGGUGUUCCUCACGGGAAGGGAGGAAAUCGACACUGUAGUCCAGCAAAUCUCGGAGCAAGCAGACUCGUUACAUGGCAAUGCUCUAGCCCUGCUUCCAUUGCCCCUUUAUGCUGGACUUACCACUGAACAGCAACUUUACGUCUUCGAGCCCGCCCCUGAGAAGACUCGCAAAGUCAUUGUAUCCACCAAUAUUGCUGAGGCUUCCGUCACCAUUGAUGGAGUUGUGUAUGUCAUCGAUUGCGGAUUUGCAAAACUCCGCGCAUACGAUCCAAAUACUGGAAUAGAGACAUUGACCCCAACCCCUAUCUCCAAGGCAUCUGCAACCCAGCGAGCUGGGCGUGCAGGACGGACGAAACCAGGAAAAUGCUUCCGUCUUUACACUGAGACUUCUUACCAAUCACUUCCAGAUGUCACGGUUCCGGAAAUCCAACGCUCCAACCUUGCACCUGUGAUUCUGCAGCUCAAAGCGCUGGGCAUUGACAACAUCGUUCGCUUUGACUUUCUUACUCCCCCUCCGUCUGAGCUCGUUAUUCGUGGUUUUGAAUUACUGUAUUCCCUCGGAGCCGUCGACGAUUAUGCGAAACUUGCUCGCCCGCUCGGAAUCCAAAUGGCUGAACUUGCAGUGGAGCCUAUGAUGGCCAAGGUUCUGCUUGAUGCGCCGUCCUUUAAGUGUCUGAGUGAGAUUCUGUCAAUUGCUGCGAUGACGAGUCUGCAAGGGACGGUCUGGUUCGAGAAGGCUGACGAAAAGAAGGUAUUUGAGAGCACCCGCAGAAAGUUUGCUGUGGAUGAAGGAGACCACUUAACCUACUUAAAUGUUUACCAAGCAUUUGUCACCAAGGGAAAGAAGGACUCCAAGUGGUGCCGGGAUAAUUGCUUAAACUACAAAUCUAUGUCAAAGGCUGUUAGCAUUCGUGCACAGCUCAAACGGUACCUUGAACGAUUUGGCAUUCAGGUUGAUGAAAGUCUCUCUUCAUCUAGCCCCGCGCCAUCAGAGCAAAUUCAGCGCUGUCUUACAACCGGAUAUUUUGCACAUGCGGCAAAGAUGCAGCCAGAUGGCAGUUUUAGGCCCAUCAGUGGUGACAUCACACUGCAUGCCCACCCCAGCUCGUUGAUGUUUAACCGCAAAGCAGACUGGGUAAUCUUUCAUGAAAUCCUACAGACAGGGAACAAGACAUUUAUUCGUGAUAUUACCAAAAUCGAGAAGUCUUGGCUACUCGAGUAUGCACCGGAUUACUACCAAGUUAAAAAGUGA